AUGAUUUUUGUGUUUCACAUUUUAGUGUUUACAAUAUUCCUAAUCGAGAUACACAAUUUUUCAAUACAAGGGACCAAAAAUUUUAGCAACGGGAAUGAAACUCGAAGUGUUGUAAUGUCUGAAGAUGUGUCGGAGAUGAUUCCAGAUUUUUUUUUCAAGCACAAUUCUCAUCGAAAAUUAACCUCGAACUAUACAAACCAUAGAAAGCCUAAUUUGAAAUCUAACGUUUUCGACAAAAUGUUAUCAGAUGAGAUGCUUUCAAUGAAACAACAGUCUCACGAGAAAGACAUGACGUAUAGCCCUUCAAUCCUAACAUGGAACAAAGCUAGUAUUCCGACACCUACAUUAGAAUUGAAGCAAAAAUGGCCUGUGAUUGAGUUUCUUGCUAAUUCAGGUAGAAGCGAAAAUGACAGCCAAGAAAACAACGAUUCUCAAGGAGAAACUAGACAUGUAGGGAAUAGUCUAGUUAAAAACUCAGAAAAUAAAGUAUUGGGACUGAGAAGUCUUGUACACGAGUCAUUAGCGCAGCCCCACGGACUAUCAGUUAAAAAACCGCAUGGAGCAUGUAGUUGCAUGAUGAAGAGUCCCACGUCUUUUAACCAUCAAACGGAUCCUACAAAAAUAUGUACACAUACAGAUAAGUACGAGGUUGCUAGCGUGCCAUCGAGUUUACCGUAUACACCGUAUCCAGCUUUUUAUGUGCCUUUCCAAUCAUAUUACGUGACUGCUGUUACAGAUGACAUUUAUAAAUACACGUACUAUCAGCCGUAUAUUAUGAAUAAUUUGAAUCAUCGAAAAAAAAAGAAGCAUCGGAAAACGACAACUUUGGUUUAUAGUGACGAUCUGUAUUAUGAUAAAGAGAUUGAUGAUUAUUUGGGUAUCGAUAUGAAGAAAGACAAACAUACGCACAGUAAGACUAAGCUUCAUUUUUAUGAAGACGACAAGAAUAAGGACCCUUCUAUAUUACCAGAUGUGACAUCCGACAAAUUCGUCGAACACACAGCCGAGGAACUGAACAGAAUUUAUAGCGACAGUUUCAUAAAAAAAUGUUUUUGCACGUCAUCAACGCGGAGAGGUGUUAAAAUUUCAUUAUUGAGCUCUUUGUUUGCAUGUUUGCACUUUUUUUUUUAA